UCCCUAAAAAUGGCAAUGGGAAGAAAUGGGACCAGGCGUGUAGCUAUCUCACAAAGACACAUCAGGGGGAACAUGAACUGACACGACGUUACAUCUAGGGAACAAUUGAGUGGAAUAACCAAUCAUAAAUGGUGUUUUUGAUGCCUGUAUGACAAGAAUCCCUCACAGAAUAAAUCAAAUCCAGUGUUCCGCGUUGAGGAUGUUGAACCUACUACGCCCCCUACUGGUCGUCUGGAUGUACCACCUCGUCUCCAGUCACGCCGCCCCAAGAUACAACAACGGCUUUUUCUACCACGACAUCAUGAACGGCGAUGGCAACGGAGAGAUCUAUUUCAACGGGGUGCGUCUCCAUGUGGAGUCCCCCCAGGCCUCGGUGUCGGCGGCCAGGGGUAGUAAUGUUACCCUGCCCUGUCACUACCGCUACGAACCCGAGAUCAACGGCCCCCGUCGGACCCGGGUCAAAUGGUCUUGGCUGCCCACCAACGGCGCCGGCAAGACCACCCGUGAGACCGAUGUGAUGGUCGCCAUGGGCAACCGUCACCGUAGCUACGGCAGCUUCCAGGGGAGGGUGCGCCUGCGUCGGGCUGCUCCAGGGGACAUGUCGCUGGUGAUCAAGGAGCUGCACCUGAACGACACAGGCCGCUACCGCUGUGAGGUCAUCGACGGACUGGAGGACGAAAGCGUGACGGUGGAGCUGGAGCUGCGAGGAGUGGUAUUUCCCUACCACUCCCAGAAGGGCCGCUACCAUUUCAACUUCCUGGGGGCCCAGCGUGCGUGUGAGGAGCAGGAUUCGACCCUGGCCACUUUUGACCAGCUCUUUGUCGCCUGGGAGGAAGGCCUCGACUGGUGCAACGCCGGAUGGUUGGCUGAUGGGACGGCUCAGUACCCAAUCACCACACCGCGGGAGCCCUGUGGGGGCGUGGACUUAGCCCCUGGUCUCCGUAGUUAUGGACAACGCCACCGCCACCUCCACCGCUUUGAUGCCUUCUGUUUCUCAGCCGCCCCCAAGGGGACAGUAUACUUCCUGAAACAACCCCAGAAGUUCAACUUCACCGAGGCGGUGGCAGCGUGCGUUGACGACGGCGGUCACAUCGCUAAGGUGGGCCAACUCUACGCCGCCUGGAGGUUCAUGGGAUUGGACCUCUGCGUCGCGGGCUGGUUGGCCGAUGGGAGUGUCCGUUACCCCAUCGCCAAGGUCCACCCUAACUGCGGCCCCUCAGAGCCAGGGGUGCGUCAUUUCGGAUUCCCCCCUCAGCAGCAGAAAUACAUUGUCUACUGCUAUCGGUAAAUCCCCCCACCCCCUCAACGAAAACCACAAUAUAUCAGUAUGAAGCAGUACUACAGUAUGACAGAUAGCCUCUACUAGUUAACUUCUCUAUUCAACACAGACACCACACUAGCCUGCAUGCUACUUAGCAUUAGCUAGUUCUGCUCUUACAGCGUCCGCUGUAUAGUCAUAGUGAACUGUCUUCAUCUCCUCAUAUUGAACAUGCUAUCAGUCAUACUCCCCACUGAGACUCCAACCAGUACUGAUACACAUACUGUAUACUGGCUAUUUAGGGUAGUGUUGUCAGGUUUGGCUCACAGUAAACUCAGGGAAGGUGUUCAACCCACAGCAUUGCCCUCGUGAUGCUUCGCCAGUGAUUUUUUUUAUCCAACCAAGGUCUUUCCCUUGGUGUUUUGUUGAACUGUGUUUUGCUAUGUCUCACUGUUCCUGAAGUCAUUUCAGUUCAAUGUAUGUCAUUCAUAGUCUUAGGCACAUUUCUGGAUGAUCCUCUUUGUGUUAGAAUGUCUUUUCAUGUCUUGUUUUUAUAAGGGUUGGAAUGGAAUGAUGAAAUUAAUGACUAUGAAUAUUUUUUCUUUUUAUACAUUUACAAAAAAAAGGCCCCAAAAAAUGUUUUUUUGCUUUUGUCGUUAUGAGGUUUUGUGUGUAGAUUGAUGAGGGGAACAGUAAAGAAUAUGAUUAAUGUGGAAAAAGUCCAGGGUUCUGAAUACUUUCCGAAUGCACUGUAGACUGUCAUGUUGGAAGGGGAUUUGACAGUAUUUUGUGACCUUAUAGAGGAGCUCAGUGUUAAAAGGCUUCCAUGUGUAUCGUGCUACUUUAAAUCAGGUUGUCUGACUAAUUAAAUCAUGCUACUGUAAA